AAAAGUAUUCUAUAAGUAAAAGUUAAACGUUCGUCUAAUAGCCAUACUAUUUUUUCUGGAAUCGAAUAUGAAAAUUAUUAUUUUUCUAUCUCUUUUCUCAUUGGCUUGGACUACCGAAGUCCAUCAUGACCCUAUGAUCAAUGAGGGGAUGUUUGAGGGAGAUAUGUUGGGAGUAGAAGUUGAUGAGGAUCGAAAUGCUAUACCCCGUGAUUCGCAGAGAUGGCCGGGCGGAGUUGUGCCUUAUUUCAUAUCUCCUGAAUUAUCUAGAUUAACAUCAGAAAUCCGAAGAGCCAUGAAACAUAUUGAAGACAGCACAUGUAUACGUUUUGUUGAAAGAACCAACCAAGAAGAUCACAUCAAAAUUUUUAGGGACAGUGGAUGUUACUCACAUUGGGGAAGAAUAGGAAGGCAACAACUUUUAUCUUUGGGAUAUGGUUGCGACCCGUUUGGAACAAUUGUGCACGAACUCUUGCACGCUAUCGGUUUCGAACAUGAGCACAAUAGAUCUGAUAGGGAUGAAUAUUUGAUUAUUAACUGGCAAAAUAUCGAAAAUCAAUGGUAUUACGCUUUCGAGAAGUUGGCUCCACAACAAAAUAGGCUCCUAUCUUCCUUUGACUUCAAGUCCAUCAUGUUGUAUGGAAGCAAUUCAUUUGCGAAAGAGAGAGGCAAAUACAGUAUGACAGACAAAAGUGGUGGAGUAUUAGUCCCAGUCCACAGAAAGGAUGCUAUGUCUGCAUCAGAUAUUUAUAGAAUUAAUAAACUAUACGAAUGUAGAGUUUAGAGAAAUACAUUAAUGUUUUGCAAAAUAUGUAAGAAUUGUUUUGUAAUAUGUAAGAUGAGACUUGCACUAAAAUGAAAGUUAUUAAGA